AUGGACGAAGAGGGUAACAAGAUCCAAGGUUAUGUCCAUAAAGCUUACAUUUACAAGUUCAAACAACUUCUAAAAGAAGUAAAUGGCUUUGAUUUUAUUGAAUAUCGGACGAUUAUCAAUGGCACUGUUCUAGAAAAUAUGUCAUUGGUAGUAGUUGGUGAAAUAGAUGCUCGAAGUGCAGAACGAAAAAGGCAUAAGAUAAGAUUACAAAUCCAAGAUGACAAUGGUUUGCAAUUGGAUGUUAACCUAUGGGGCAAUUAUAGUUACACAUUCUUAGAUUAUAUCCAAAAGAAUCCGAACAAUGUCUGCAUUGUCAUAAUCCUUCAAUUUGCAAAGAUUAGUGUUUGGCAAGAUUGUGAUCCAUCAAUACGUACUAUGAUGUAUCGAAGUUCAUCAUCAAUAUUUGAAUCAAGAUGUUCUGAAAAUGAUGAUUUCCUUCUUAAUAAUGAUCUUAAAACAAUUGCUGAUAUUUUCGAGCCACUUGAGAAAAAAAAGUAUGUUAUUGUUGCGACAAUUAAAGGAAUUCUUCAAAACAAAGAUUGGUAUUACCCAGCAUGUACAAACUGCAAUACCAAGGCAUUUUCAGACACACCUUCUAAUGAAGCCAAUGUGAUCGGAUCAUUUCAAUACGCAAAAUAUGAAUGUCGAAAUCCAAAAUGCACAAAAACUGUAACAUCAGUUCUUCCAAGGUUCAUGAUUUCGGUGCGUGAUCAAGAUCAUACUGGAAGUAUGACUCUAACAAUGUUUGAACAAGAUGCGAAGAAGCUUCUUUAA